AGAGGACGACUCUUGGAAGAAUCCUCUCUCCGCUGUGUGUGCACAGCCGGAAUCAUGUCGAGUUUGGCGGUGAGAGACCCGGCAAUGGAUCGAUCACUGCGUUCCGUGUUCGUGGGGAACAUUCCGUAUGAGGCAACUGAGGAGCAGUUAAAGGACAUUUUCUCGGAGGUUGGUUCUGUUGUGAGUUUCCGGCUGGUAUACGAUAGAGAGACGGGAAAACCUAAGGGUUAUGGCUUCUGCGAGUACCAAGACCAGGAGACCGCGCUUAGUGCCAUGCGGAACCUUAAUGGGCGGGAGUUCAGCGGGAGAGCGCUUCGGGUGGACAAUGCUGCCAGUGAAAAGAACAAGGAGGAGUUAAAGAGCCUAGGGCCUGCAGCGCCCAUCAUUGACUCACCCUAUGGGGACCCCAUCGAUCCAGAAGAUGCCCCUGAGUCAAUUACCAGAGCAGUCGCUAGCCUUCCCCCGGAGCAGAUGUUUGAGUUGAUGAAGCAGAUGAAGCUCUGUGUCCAAAACAGUCACCAGGAAGCUCGAAAUAUGUUGCUUCAAAACCCACAGCUGGCUUAUGCGCUGUUGCAGGCACAAGUAGUGAUGAGAAUCAUGGAUCCAGAAAUUGCUUUGAAAAUUCUGCAUCGCAAAAUACAUGUCACGCCACUCAUCCCAGGCAAAUCUCAAUCCGUUUCGGUCCCUGGCCCUGGCCCUGGGCUCUGCCCAGGACCUAAUGUUCUGUUGAACCAGCAGAAUCCUCCAGCUCCUCAGCCUCAGCAUUUGGCCAGAAGACCUGUGAAGGACAUCCCUCCUCUGAUGCAGACCCCUAUCCAGGGUGGAAUUCCAGCCCCGGGCCCAAUUCCAGCUGCAGUUCCUGGCCCUGGCCCUGGCCCCUUAACUCCUGGCGGAGCAAUGCAGUCACAAGUUGGAAUGCCAGGGGUUGGUCCAGUGCCCCUAGAGCGGGGACAGGUGCAGAUACCAGAUCCCAGAGCUCCUAUGCCUCGUGGACCCAUGACUGCUGGUGGCUUACCUCCUCGAGGACUGUUAGGGGAUGCUCCAAAUGACCCACGUGGAGGAACUUUGCUUUCAGUCACUGGAGAAGUAGAGCCCAGAGGCUAUCUUGGCCCACCACAUCAGGGCCCUCCAAUGCACCAUGCCUCUGGUCAUGACAGCCGGGGCCCUUCCUCACAUGAGAUGAGGGGAGGGCCUUUAGCAGAUCCCAGACUGCUCAUUGGAGAGCCCAGAGGACCCAUGAUUGAUCAAAGGGGUCUACCUAUGGAUGGUAGAGGUAGUAGAGAUUCUCGAGGGAUGGAGACUCGAGCCAUGGAAACUGAGGUCUUAGAGACACGAGUAAUGGAGAGAAGAGGAAUGGAAACCUGUGCAAUGGAAGCCAGAGGGAUGGAAGCAAGAGGCAUGGAUGCAAGAGGAAUGGAGAUGAGGGGCCCUGGCCCCACUUCGAGAGGCCCUAUGACUGGGGGAAUUCAGGGUCCUGGUCCCAUUAAUAUGGGGGCAGGUGGUCCUCAGGGACCCAGACAGGUCCCAGGUAUUUCAGGGGUGGGAAAUCCUGGAGCUGGCAUGCAGGGGGCAGGUAUGCAAGGAGCCGGCAUGCAGGGAGCAGCUAUGCAAGGGACUGGCAUGCAGGGGGCAGGUAUACAAGGAGCAGGCAUGCAAGGGACAAGCAAGCAAAGUGGAGGCCAGCCUAGCAGUUUUAGUCCAGGGCAGAACCAGGUCACUCCACAGGAUCAAGAAAAGGCAGCUUUGAUCAUGCAGGUUCUUCAACUGACUGCAGAUCAGAUUGCCAUGCUGCCUCCUGAGCAAAGGCAGAGUAUCUUGAUUUUAAAGGAACAAAUUCAGAAAUCUACUGGAGCUUCUUGAAAGGUUUUAGAAAAUAUUUGGCAGUAGUCCCACAAAGGUUUUCUGUAGCAUAGAGAAUGGCUGGGUGCAGAAAGCUGACUUCUGCAUCCCCACACUUGAAUGAUUAGGGUUUCCUUCCUCCCAGAACCUAAUCUCAUUUCUUGUUGUCUUUUUCUUUUUUUCCUUUUUUAAAAAAUUUUAAUUGUGGGGUAGGGGGAGGAGGGAGUGGGUCUAUUCACUUUAACUCACUGUAAAUAUACAAAAAUAACUCUGAACGUGACUAUAUUAUACCAAAUAAGAUUACAAAGGAUAUGCAGCAUUGUUAAACGUGUCUACAAGUUGUUAAGCACAUUUUUAAAAUACUGAGUAAAACAAUGUGAAAACUGCACAUAAAGACUAAAAAGUGACCUGCUAAAAUGGUAAUGUACUAAGAUAGUUUAACAUGUGUGGUUGUAUAAGAAAAUAAAGAUGUUUACCUCAAAAUUACAAGGUAUAUUUUUUGGUAAGCCAUUUAAAAUACAAAAUCCUAUUUCAGGGGCAAAAGAAUGCUGAAUUAGGUUAAGCCUUGUACUAUUCUGGAAUUGCUUCAGAAUGUUAGAGCUAACCAGAUAAUUCUCAACUUAUGGUAUUGGAAUUGUUUUUUUCUGAACCUGUGCUACCUGAAAAAUCAAGGAAUGCAUCUGGUAUAAUGUUGCAUUUAUUGCAUCCUUCAAGCAAUAUUUUGGCCUGGCCCUGAGGAUGACAAUUUUGCUGGGAUAGUUCUAGGGUCAACAAGGUUACUUAAAUCUGCUCUGAUGAGACGCUCUCUCAGUACCUUACUAUUUCUCAGUAGUCUUUAAGCCCUAAAUCUGAAUCAAUAAUUUUCUCACUUCCUUCCCAGUGUGUAGGGACGAGUCAAUCUGGAUGAAUUAAUUAUACACAGCAUUGGACUUUUCAUAAAUAGUGGAAGGCUUCAUGCAGUAAAGCUCUCAAUUUCCUGGUAACUAGCUUCCAUUACACAGAUGGUAUCCAUCUGGUCAACCAGAAUCAGGAGUUAAAAAUCUUAGUCUCAGAAACAUUUAAAAUGCCUUUUAAUUUUCUUAUUUCAAGAUCUGCUUAUGUGUCUCCAUCUUACGAGAAUAAUUGAGGCCCAGAUAGGUAAAGAUAUUCUUGUAGCCUGAAAUCUGCUCAAUUGGUUAUUACUCACUUUCCUUUUGCAAGUAAUAAAGCCAUUUAUUCCUAAUAUACAUACCCAUGAGACAUAUUUAAAAAUCAGUAGGAAGGUGGGGCUUACCACAAUACCUUCAGAGCUACUACCUAAUUUAUCUUUAAGCCUUGAGGAUGUGGAGAUAUAAAAAUCUGUGUGAUAGAACAAGUAAUAAUUAACAGAAGUAUUAACACCCAAAUAACCAGGUGAUAUUACUUAGGAGAAGAAAAGCCAAUACCUAGUUACAGAGGGGAAAAAAAUACUUAAUACAAGAGAAAAGGCUGAGAAAUUGAAUUAUUUUCCCCUUGUAAGGUUUUUACAUCUUAAAUGGAUAAUUCACUCUACAAAGUUUUCCUCCCUGCGACUUUUCCUGCUACCUAUUUUACUCUUGUUUUAUUGUUCAUACUGUUAACUUCCCCAUGUUUUCUACUUGCUUCCUCUUAUUGGAGGGGAUAACUCUCCUUUACAUGUGUAAUAUUUCUGGUUAAUACUAAUUCAGAGUUGGCUUGAGUACUUUGUAAUUGUAGUUGCUUUAUUCCAAAGCUUUCACUAAAAGGCUCUAACUGAAAACUAUUAAAAUGUUAUGCUCUUUGUUAUAGUAAAAUCUCUGCAUUGUUUAAUGCAGACUAAAUAAAAAGACUGUACCAUUAAGGCUGAGUUUAGCAUCUGAUGUUUAUUUUUAAGGAAUGUGUUAUUCAGAA